AUGGGCUUCACAACAAAUCAUCUAUUGAGUUCACAGUUCAAUUUCACGACGGAGAGAUUUGUGCGCCUGCCUCUUCCCAUUCCGAGUUUUAAUCUUCCUGAUAGGGUGGUUCUUUCGGUUGUUAGGGAUGAAAAGCUCUCGGUGUUGCAUAUUGAUGGUUUUGAAUGGUCAGAUGUGAUUAGUAUAUGGGUGACAGAUAAGGUUGAUGAGGAGUUGUCAUGGAGGAGUGACUUUGUCUUGCGUGUGGAUUUUGAUAAAUUUGAUUUGAGAAAUUUGGCGACGAGUGUGUCAAGCUUCUUGUUGGACGAGGAGAAUAAAAUGGCAGUGUGUUGUGAUGGGACCAGAAUCUACAUUGUUGGAGAGGAUAUUUAUAAACUAGUUUAUAAAGAGAUUACAGUGCCGUCUCCUCCUCGACCACUUGUCAUCACUUAUGUUCCAAGCUUGGUUAAGAUUUGA